GGUGUGCAGUUUGGGUGACGCUCACUUCUCUACCUCCGCCGUGAACAUCCCUCUCCCCUCGACCGGAGUGCAACCUGCGUGAUUUUAAAGCAAAAUGGCGACAGUCUCACAGAGGGAAGGACGAGCGACGGUGUCAAGCGCAAUGACAAACUUGUGGACAUGAGUCGUCGUCGUCGUCCUGAGGACUGCACACCUCUGCUCCACCCACACAGGUGUUUUCACUGAAGUUGCCCGAUGAGACCUGCUUCCAGGACUGCUUGGAUGUGUUUUUUAAGAGCCAUGUGGUGGAAUCAUUGUUUUCACACAGACUGAAAAUAUUGCUACUAUGUCUGAUCUGAAGCCAAAUGUACAAGAGGACAAAGAUGUGGAAUCAGUGUCUGCCAGCCCGGGUCGUACUCAGGAGCCAUUACAGAGUCACACAUUCUCUCUGAAAAACAAUGCUGCAGGUCUGUCCUCAGAUGAACACGAAAACCCUUUAAAUGGAACCCAGCCGAAUCCAUUUGUAUACAGCAGUGUCCCUGCUGUUCCCCACACAGGCAAUUCAUUGCCUUCAGGAGCACUUGUUAAUGGACCUGGUUCACACCCCACCUGUGUCUAGGUACACUGUGUCCUGAACAAAGGCACUGUUUUAUCCAACAAUGUCCUGGAUGCCGUGUGGCAAGUGGAGAAGGACACGAGCCCCGAGGUGUUACCACCACCUAGUGAGCUUCAAUCAGACGCUUGGAAGAACACAGCGGGGCCUGCUGUAAAAACACUGGCCACACAGCCAGGUGUCAACACGCCACAGUCUCACUUGGAGGAGAAUGAGUCUAAACUGGCCUAUUCCACACUGUCAGGUGACAGUGCAGAGCAAAUGCAUAUUAGCCAUCCUUGCACAAAACAGACAAUAGAAGCAGGAUCUCACCGCAGCGCUGAAUGGUCAGAAAGCUCCUCUGACGAUUAUGAUGAUGUUGAAGUAAUCAGAUGGGAUUUGGCAAGAGAGUGCUUCUUGCACAAUAACAGAAGCUUGGAGACCAAAGUGAUGCACCAAAGAGACAUGCAGCACAAUACACAUGUAAAAAGCAUGGCAGGCUCUCUAGAAAAGGUUAACAACAGCUUGAAUCACAGAGACAGACGUUUCUGCAGUGGUAAUGAUGUUGAAAAUAUUGACCUUGCCAACAAAGACAAUUCUUUGGACACAGAAUCUGGUGGUAAAUACUCUGUUGUGCCAUUCAACAAUCCUUCUAGGAACACAGCUUUAGACUCUGAGCACCAUAUUUAUAGUGCAGCACAGGAAGGCUGUAAUGAGGAAAAUGACCCUGAAGAUGAAGACAGUUUUAGUCCAAAAGUGGAACAGUUGAAGACAGAGCAACUUGAACAAGAUCCGUCCUUCUUUUCAUGCACAGUAUGCAAUGUUAAUUUCAAGGAAAAAAGAAAUUUCCAUAGACAUAUGAUGUAUCAUUUAGGCAAGCAUAAUCAGGUGAACAGUGAGAAUGUUUCACAGACCUUUAUAUGCAGGGAGUGUGGGCGUUUGUUCUGUGAUAGCAACUCCCUCAUGAGGCACAUCAUUAUUCACCGAGACAGGCUGGAAAAACUUAUGGAGGAAAUCAAAGGUCUCAAAAACACUGAAUUUGAAGACAGAGGCACCACAGUACAGUGCCCUCAGUGUGUGUUUGAAUGUAACUGCCCGAAAAUCUUUGUCCAGCACGCCAAAACUCAUGAUAAUCUGAAGCACUACUACUUCUGUGAGGAGUGUAACUACAUUACACUCACACAGCAGGCACUUGAACUACACUUACAUGUCGCACACCUUAACUCACACCAGCCUCAACACGAGAAAAUGACUCAUACUAAUGAUGCAGAGGAAGCAGACCAUGUUCAGUUCCAGUGUAAAAUGGGUUUUUUCACAAGCAGAGACAGAGCAGUAUUGGAAAGACAUUCUGAGAUGGAGGAUCAGCAAUCACACUAUGGUAAUUAUAAAAAAUUUGCAGACCACCCCGAAAUUGCUGGCUGUACACCAGAUCUGUGUAAAUCUGCUUUUGGAGAAACAGCCCAUUCACCCCACUAUUCCAGAAGAAAAGGGGACAUUUAUGUUCAAAAGUCUAAUGACAAAAAAGGUAAUACUCCUCAGUUAAUGUGCCAUGCUGGCUGCACCAAAAAAACACCGUCUUUGUGGAGGAUCAACAAGAAUGGAAAAUUACUCCUACAGGCAGUAGAAAAAUUAGAUGUGGCAACUGAUCUCACCUGUGUGGAAGAAGACACUGAAAGAAAUGACCUCAAGGCUUUUGGCAGCUCAAAGCAGGCAAACUGUCCUGCUACUGCUGAUUUUUUACUAUCAGCCAGAAAUCUUAAAUUAGACCAGAUGUUCUGUCAGGGUAGCAAGAACGACCUGGAAAGCAGGAGUUUACAAGCGCAAGCAAACCAAAAUUCUCCAUCAAUGAGAAAAAUGUCAACACCUUUGCAUAACUCUAUUGACAGUAUGAAUGGUAAUAUAUUGCCAAGGCUUAGCCAGAGGCAUAAGAAACAGUCUGCAGUUAGGGAGUUGGAGAAUGGUUGUGAGGGCGGCCAUAACUUCAGUGAUGACACCAGCAAAGCUACAGGCAGCUUCUUGGAAAGCAGUGAGAAUGAAAGCAACCCAUAUGCUCGGAAGUAUUUCAGAAAGAGGCAGAGGUUUUCAACCAUAGACCAAAGCCCCCAUAUACUCAAGGAUGAAGAUGGUGGAGAUGAAGACUGCAGUGACAUAGAGCAACUCAUAAUCAAAGAGGAGUAUAUCGAAACUACAGUGUGUGAUAAUUCCCCAGAGUCACCUUGCACGUCUACAAGUGACAGUUUUGAUGUUUUCCCCUCUCAAGUGGUAGAACACAAGCCCUGUCCAUACUGCCCUGCCAUGUUUGAGUCUGGAGUGGGUUUGUCCAAUCACGUGCGAGGGCAUCUUCAUCGUGUCGGCUUGAGCUACAACGCUCGGCACAUGGUUUCACCAGAGCAAGUGGCACUGCGGGAUCAUCAGCCGCGAACCCGCAGAAGGAUCCGGACUGGCUCGAGGAAAAUGAGGAAAGCUGUUAAGCCAGAAACCCAAGGAGAGCACACAUGUCCCUUGUGCUGGGGUUGGUUUGAUACUAAGACUGGCCUCUCCAACCAUGUGAGGGGACACCUGAAACGAAUAGGCAGAAGUAUCACCAGCACCAGUAAGUCUCCGCUGUGCAUUCUAAACGAACUGCUACAGGACAAAAAGGAACAUCGGAACAUCCUCCAGGUCCUCAACAAGAGCCGGUUCCCCCAACAACCUUCAGUCUCACAGAAGUUCAUCAGCAGCAGUGGCCUGGUCUUGAUGCGUGCUGCACUACCAGUGAAGAUCCAGUAUGAGAUGAGGAGUCCACACCCCAUAGGAGAUAGAUUGGUGCCAAAACAAGAGGAACAUGCCUUCUCAGAGAGCAGUAAAGCACAAACAGGCAUUAAGGCCUCCUCAAGCACUUUAGUUGAACUGCUCAAGACAAGAGGGGACAGUAUGGAGCUUACAGCCAGAAAUGACCAGGAUGCCUAUGCAACCAGGAAGCUCUGUGGUAUGACCAAAGAAUACAGGGAGGAGACACAGAUCACAAGUGUGGAACCAAACUGGACUCGUGGGGAAUGUGAUUCAGAUAAGAUUUGCAUUCACUGUAACAGCAACAUCCCCACUGCUGUCAAUCUGUCUGGUCAUCUUCAAGCCUAUGCGUGCAGGAAGAGGAUUGCUGUUUUUGAAGAACCAGGCUAUGAUUAUAAACAGAAGAAGCCAAGACCAAGGCCUGGGCUAAAAAAGAAGAUUUUACCCUGCUUGAAUGCUCAGAUUUACACACUCACCUGCAGAUUCUGUGACCUCGUUUUCCAGGGGCCCCUGUCUAUCCAGGAGGAUUGGAUCAAGCACUUACAGAGGCACCUUCUGCACACCAAUGUGCCUCACUCAGGGACAGGGAUGGUGGAGGUUUUGGGUCUUCAUCACAAAAUAGAAAUAAGCAUGUCUCAUGAGCACCCUGACUUUAUGUAGAGUGGUACCUGUCAAGAACAUCCAAAUGCCUCUUGAUUUUGCACACUAUUUUAUUUUAGAUUAAUCUGCAACUGCAACUGAAGUACAUAAUAGUUAAUCCAGACUACUUAAUAAGCAUAAUGUAUUAAUACGACUGUAUAUAUAUAUUGGCAAAAACUUUAUUAUGGGAUAUUUUAAUGCUAUGCUUUGCCUUAUCCACUUGGCUAAUACAAUUUAUAGGACUUCUCUUUACUGGCUGCUGUUUAGGUUGGACACUGUUUAGGUUGGCAGUAUGAAAAGCAAAAGGAAAAUAUUUUGUCAACACGAGCUGGUUUGGCAGUGUAGAACUGCCAUUGUCUCAUAUGUUUGUCAUGAUAAAAAAGUGCCUUGUUAUGACAAACCAUUUUGUUAAAAUAAGAAAAUAUUAUCAAUGUAAAAAAAGUAUCUAAAUAGAGUCUUGUAACUUUUUAUGCCCAAGACAGAAGCCUUUCUCAUUAUAAAAAAGAUUAAGUUGUCAAUAUCUUUUUGCCAUAAGGACAAACAUUAAAAGGAUUAUUGCCACUGCUAUACAGACAAAAUACAUGAACCUGAGCAUUUGAAUGAAGUUCACAUCUCACUUUCUUUUAGAGCACAAUGUAUAACAAAAAUUGUGCUCUUUUUCAGCAGCAUGCACAGGGCUGUCAUUAGUCUGCAGAUGCUUCGUAGGAUUUCACCUCUCUGUGCCUGUAUCAGAGAGAAUCUCUCUUAAUCAAAGUGACAUUCAAGAUGCAGCAUUAUGUUGGGACAGCUUGUUCUGUCAUUGUUUGUUCUUCUGCUUAACCUUCAACCUUCAGUGUAAUUUCUGAAAUCUGGCUCCCAUCAUUAGCUGUGAUACCAACAUCUUUUUAUGAUGAGAAAACUAGUUAUAACAAGAAAACGUUACAGUUAUAAUGACAUAUUGUUAGAACUAUUGUUUCUCAUUGUGGCAGUUCUGUAUUUCCAAAGGCUUGGGCCCAAAAUGCGUCACUGUUGUUCUCAUGUGAACAAGAAUGUGUUGUAAUGAUACAUUUCUAAAUUUUCAUACUGAAGACAGACCAUAUAUUGAACAUAUAUUGAACAUCCAUAACCUGUCCUCUAAGCUUAUCGCAGCUCUUCACAACUUGAUGCUUAUUUGGCCAGGUAACAGACAGUUACAUACUUCCAGAGAGAAAAUGGGCUAUGCAAUGCACAAACAUAGCAUAUUAUUUUGAACUGAUGCUGCACUUAAACAUAUCUUUUUUUCUUCUUUUUUUGCAUUUCCACUGUUCAGCUAAUUCAGCAGGGAAGAUAGCACUUUGUCUUUUGCACAGGACAUUUAUUUAUUCUUGUUCUGUGUACACAUCAUACAUGUUUUUUUUAAAGCUAGCUACUGUUCGUCAUUCUGAACAACUACUGUAUGAGGUCUCUGGCUGAACUCAUUGCCAAAAACUCACCUCACACUUAAAAAAAAUCUGCUUUUUCUUUUAAGUUCCAUUUAGGAAAGAAAGUCAUUAUUAACUAACAUUAUUAACUAAUGUAUUCUAAUAUAACAGCCCUCCUCCUUCAUGAAGGUUCUAAUGUUCACUUUUUUAUUAAACUGUGUUAAAGAGGUGUUGAUUCAACUGUAUGGUCAUUUUGUAGGAUGUACUUUAUUUUGACUACCGCCCCUAUUAUUUAGUCCACCUCAUUCAAAUCAAUGAGGGUAGGCUAAACAAUGGACGCACCUCUUUGUAUGAUUCAAUACAGUUCAGUGGCACAAACUGCAGCCUCCAAAAUAAUGAACAGAGUUGAAUCAACACCUCUUUAACAGUUUCAGCUCAAACUGAACAUUCUAACCAGACCAUUACUUUUAGCUAGGUGUUCCUAAUAAACUGACAUCUGGGUGUAUACUGUAGCAUCGUUAUUCAAUGAGUAUGAAUGUAUAUAUUGCUUUCAGUAUUGCCUGUCCUAUAAUCGUUUUUCACAUUUCACAUUGUAAAAGCCAAUGACUAUAAGGAAAACAGACCUGUAGAUUUAACUAAAUUAAAGAAAAGUUUUGCUCUGACCAGAUGUCAUGUAAAGUUAGGUAUUUUAUGUAUUUAUGUAUCUAUCAUGUUUCUCAAGGUGUUCCACUUGUAGACAUGUAGUUCUCCCUAACAUAAAGCACUAUUACAAUUUUUAUCAUUAGAAGUUUCAAAUUAUUAGAUCAUUUCUAUGUAAUAGCCUAUAUAUCUUACUUCUCUACUCAGUUUUGACUGUUUUUAGACUUAGUAUUGAACAGAUUCUAAUUCAGCUUUUGUAGGAAAAUGUUUCUUUAGUAAUCAGUGACAGUAAAUAGUUUGCAUGAUAUAUAAGUGUCAUUACUGUAUAUUUGGCGAAUUAUACUUAAUCAUCCAAAUCUGACCAGCAGCAGUUCUGAUAAAGUGGACAAAAGGGUUGACAUGUGUGUGGACAAUACAGCAAGCUGUCUGAGACUUGAAGUAGAGCAAAAGAUUUCAUUUGUAAGAGAGUGGUGUUAAUCACAUUAGGUACUGCCAAUUAAAGAGAAUGGCCAAAUGGCUUUAAAUAUU